AUGGUUAAACGAUGUGCUUGGGGUACUUGCAAUAGCGAUACACGUUACCCUGAAAGAUUAUCUAAUAAAGAGGGUAAGAGCAAACGAUUUUACAGUUUUCCGUCGUUGAAAAAGCAAGAAGAGCGACGAAAAGCUUGGAUAAGGGCAUGCUGUCGUGGCGAUCAUUUCGUUUGUACUAAAGACAGUUACAUUCGUGGAAUUCACUUUGUUGGAAGUAACGGACCAACUCAAGACAAUCCCGAUCCAAUACCAGCAACGGCAAAUCGAGAAAAGGUUCUACAUUAUAAAUGUUAAACUGUUUAUUUGCAUAAAAAAGUGUAUUUUACAUAUUUCACGUCGCCAUAUUUAUUCUCGUCUAUACUGUGUUUAGAUCAAGCGGUUAAAUAACAAGAGAAAACCACCAUCUCAAGGGAGAAAUAAGCGUAGCAAGAUAAGUAAAAGAGAUGAAAAAUCAGCUGCAAAAGCCAUGGUUAUCCUGUCCUCAUCUGAUCCAUCUUUGGGAAAGACGACCGAUGAACUACAAGUUGCCGAAACCCUUACAGCACUAUCAGCGUCUAUGGAAAUGAAAUCGAGCAUUGAACCAUCUGAAAUUCCGUCUGACAAAGAUGCUAUGCCUAAAAUUUCAACAAAAAAUAUUCGGACAGAAAGCAGUACUCAGGUAAUGCAUUUUUCAUUAUACAACCCGAAAAGAGUAUGCAUGUAUUAGUAUUUAUAAUAUGUAUAAUAUACAGUAUAGAUUAUUAUAUAUAUAGCUGACAGGAGUGACAGCUGCUGCUGUUUCAAAUUUAAUAUGUUGAACUGUUUAUUUAUAGACGAAUAUUGAAAUGAACAACAUUCCAUAUACAGAACAAAUGUUAAAGAACAAAGAUAUCAUGAGAAGAUAUUUAUUUAUUGAAACAGUGAAAAAUCCCAAUUAUUGUUGUCAUUAUACAGGUACAUGUUUUUUAAUUAAUAACAUAAGACCUACAAGUUACAUUUGCAUGAAUUUGUGUAUAUAACAUGUCUGGGAUAUACUAAUUGUCAAAUGUAUUAUUUAUUAUACUAUUUAUAUGUCUAUGAACUGUCAUUUUUGCAGGCCUUGAUGUUGAAGUUUUGAUGGCCCUUUAUGACCUACUUAAAGAGAAAGCACCCUGUAUCUGCACAUGGAAAGGCUCAAGAACAACCAACGCAAAUGGCUUAACAGCAAAGUAUAUAAAGAUACAGUAUUAGCCCAUUAAGCUGCAAUGCACCCUACUUUUUCUAAUCUGUGUAACACCAGACAAUUUUACUCGUCAAGGGGAGAGCUUUGCACUUUAAUGGUUUGCCUAGUGAUGUGCACUACUUGAUUAUUUUUAACACCAGAGAAUUUUAUUUGUCAGGGGAAGAGUGGUGCCACUCAAUGAGUUGUUAAUAUAGCAACACUUUUGUAUAUUUUAGGCUAUGUGUGAAAUAAUUCUAUGCUUGCUACCCUUUGCUUGGAAAAUCCUCUUUGCUGGUAUGACCAAUGCAAGGAUGCAUAUAACCACUCUGACACUGUUAUUCAAUAUGGUUAUUAUAUUUUUAGGUGAAGUUGGCACUUAGUAAGGUGCCUAUCCUGGAUCAGUUUAUUUUGACCCUUGUGAGACUGAGACGAAAGCCAAGCAUAAUAAUGCUUGCUAACUUGUAUGGUAUUUCUCCAGCAACUGUGACAAAAAUAUUUAUUUCAUGGAUAAUGUUUCUGAAGGACGAGCUGAUGUUUCUCCUACCGUUUUCCACAUUGGAAGAAAUGCAAGGUAUAAAGGUGCCUAAAGCCUUCAGAGCAUUUCCAAAUCUUAGAUGUAUAAUUGACUGCACUGAAAUCUACAUUGAAAAGCCUUUCAAAAUAGCAGCACAGAGAUCUACAUACAGCAAUUACAAGUCAAGGAACACUUUUAAAGUUCUUGUUGGAAUAUCACCCAUCCCACAUUUCAACUUUGUAUCCAACCUUUUCACUGGCAGCAUGAGUGAUAAGGAAAUAGUGAAAAAGUCGGGAUUUUUGGAAUAUUUGAACCCAGGUGAUGUUGUAAUGGCAGACAAAGGCUUUAACAUCCAAGACUUGUUGGCUCUCCAUCAAACAAGAUUAAUUGCACCACCUGUGAUGAAAAAGGGAAAUAUAUCCUCCAAGUCAUCCACUGCCACCAGGAGGAUAACAAAGCCACGUGUUCAUGUUGAACGACUGAUACGAAAGCUGAAGUGCUUUUGCAUUUUACGAGGAGUGAUCUCAUUAUCACUUAAACCAUAUAUAAACUCUAUCAUCAAAGUUUGUACUGCAUUGGUUAAUUUACAACCAAGUGCUAUUAAUAUAGAGGACGAUUAUUGAGUGAUUUUAUUAACAUUCAAAGUUUAUUUAUUAAAUCUUGUUUUAAAUAGGUGCAAAUUAAAAAGGUUUUGCAGGAAUGACUUUGUUUCCACCCUUGUUUUUUCGGCAUCCUCAUGAUUAAACCAAGCAUGCUCUUUGGCAACGUAUUCCACAGGACUUGACUCAUAAACUUCCAAAUCCUAUUUUCAAGAAAUUAUCAAGUAUUGUAUUAAUGUUUCAUAAAAAAACUAUAACCUGGGCUAAUGUGUUAUGGAGUAGUGACAAAAGCUAGCCAUAGUAGAUGCUAUGCAAACUUGUAUUGUUUUUAGACUACCAAAGUAUGUAUUUGUUUGCAUAGCAUUACCAUGUUCACUUUGGCCAUUGCUUUAAUUUAAAUUCUGCUACAUACAUCAUGCUUAAUGUAUAGUACAGUACCUCCAACAAGUGCUGGACAUAUUUUGCAACAUAUAUCCCACAAUUAUUGCUUCCUGGUUGUUGCUGAGGAACCUAGUAGUUAUAAAAUUAGACAAAUUCAGAAAGGGGUGAAUGAAACCCAUUGAGUGGCGGCAGCAUUCAGAGUCCCCUGACAAGUAAAAUCGUCUGGCAAUAGAUAGAAUAAAAUAAUAAAGUAGGGUGUAUAUGGGCACAUUGCCAAUUGUACAAUUUUAAACAAAUAAGUACCUUCAACAUCAAAUGUUUUAACUUUAGGUGUUUAUCUGCCAUGUGGUGUUUCUUCACUAAAUAUUGAAGGUGGCUUGAAUGACAAAAAAAGUUUAGUGACACCAAAAAACACCAUGAGAUUAUAGGGUUGUCUAUAAGACCUAUAAGCUUGCAUUAUGCCUAUAGUGCAUGCACAUAUAGUCUGUAUG